CGGCUGAGCUGCCCUGACUCUUGGCUCUUCUUCCAGGGGCAGUGUCACCUCCAGUCCCCUCCAGGGCUGCGUGGGGGCCUGGGCGGCAUGGCGCCCUCCGGCCAGGUGGCGGAGAAGCAGGUGCCCCCGGAGCCCGAGCGGGGCCGCGAGCUCAAGUCCUGGCGGUGCCUGGUGUUCUACCUCUGUUUCUACGGCUUCAUGGCGCAGAUGCGGCCUGGGGAGAGCUUCAUCACGCCCUACCUCCUGAGCCCCGACAAGAACUUCACGCGGAAGCAGGUCACCAACGAGAUCACGCCGGUGCUGUCCUACUCCUACCUGGCGGUGCUGGUGCCCGUCUUCCUGCUGACCGACUACCUGCGCUACAAGCCGGUGCUGCUCCUGCAGGCCCUGAGCUACAUCUGCGUGUGGCUGCUGCUGCUGUUCGGCACCUCCGUGCUGCACAUGCAGUUCAUGGAGCUCUUCUACAGCGUCACCAUGGCUGCCCGCAUCGCCUACUCCUCCUACAUCUUCUCGCUCGUGCGCCCCGCCCGCUACCAGCGCAUGGCCGGCUACUCGCGCACGGCGGUGCUGCUGGGCGUCUUCACCAGCUCCGUGCUGGGCCAGCUGCUCGUGACCGUGGGCCGGCUCUCCUUCUCCACGCUCAACUACAUCUCGCUGGCCUUCCUUACCUUCAGCCUGCUCCUCGCGCUCUUCCUGAAGCGCCCCAAGCGCAGCCUCUUCUUCAACCGCAGCGCCCCUGUGCGCAGCGGGGCCUCGCCCUCCGAGCUGGACCAGAUGAACGUGGGCCCCGGCCGGCCCGAGGGCAGGAAGCUGGGCUGGACGCUUCUGGACACCGUGCGGAACUCGACUCUGGUGCGCAUGCUCUGGGAACUGGGGGACAACCUCCGGCUGCCGCAGCUGCGCCUCUGGUCCGUCUGGUGGGUGUUUAACUCGGCUGGCUACUACCUGAUCGUCUACUAUGUGCACAUCCUGUGGAACGUGGUCAACCCCACCACGGACACCACCACGGUCUACAACGGCGGGGCGGACGCCGCCUCCACUCUGCUCGGUGCCAUCACCUCCUUUGCUGCGGGCUUCGUGACGAUACGUUGGGCCCUGUGGGCGGAGCUGGUGAUCGCGGGCGUGACGGCGGUGCAGGCUGGGCUGAUCUUCCUCAUGUACAGCACGAGCAGCAUCUGGCUGUGCUACAUGGCCUUCGUGCUCUUCCGCGGCUCCUACCAGUUCCUGGUGCCCAUUGCCACUUUUCAGAUCGCGUCUUCGCUUUCUAAAGAGCUCUGUGCCCUGGUCUUCGGAGUCAACACCUUCCUCGCCACCGUCCUCAAGACCACCAUCACCCUGGUUGUUUCCGACAAGCGUGGCCUGGGCCUCGCGGUCCACAAGCAGUUCCUCAUCUACUUCGCCUACUUCCUGGUGAUGUCUGCCGCCUACUUCCUGGGAGCCGUGCUGGUGGGCCUGCGCCACCUCCGGGAGGGCCGCCACCAGCCCCUGCCCCUGGCCCAGGAGCUGCGGAGCCCCGAGGAGAAGGCCGCACAGCUGCUGAGCGUGCAGCCCGCAGCCCUGCCACUGGCCACGGAGAACGGCGUGUGGGCCACAGGGCCGGCCCCCCUGGAGCAGAGCCAGCAGCUUGAAACCAAGGCCUGA